AUGACGCUGUGGACGCUGCUGCAGGGUGUCCUGCUGGUCUCCAAUGGGCUGGCCAUCCUGAACAACGAGAGGUUCCUUGAAAAGUAUGGCUGGGGCUUCUCGCAGCUAGGCAACAAUCCCAUGGGCCCCUCACCAAACGCCCUCAAGUAUCAAAUCAUAGGCAUGCUGCACGCGUCAGCAUUCUUGCGAGUGCCGCUCAUAGUCCUCAAUACGCUGGUGGUGUUUGUGAAGCUGGUGUUUGGAUGA